AAGGAAUUCUGCCUCGUGUUCGGGUGGAACUCGCUGUGCAUCAGUUUCUUUCUUCCCGUUGCCUGUUUUCCCUGGCUCGGCGGCACGAGCAGAGCCCGGUCCUUCCCCUGACGGUUGCCCCAGACAGGGACACACCGCCAGUCCUGCACUACAGCUCCCGGCAGUCCCCGCGCCGUGACUCGGCCGGGGCGCCGCGGCGCGGGCCGGGAUGGAGUGAGGGGCGAGCGGCGGACAGAGCGCGGCCCUGCGGCCCCCGCCGUGUCUCGCUCCGCCCCGGGUCUAUGCGGCCCCCCGGAGACCAUGGGAUCCAGGAUCAAACAAAAUCCAGAAACUACCUUUGAGGUGUAUGCAGAGGUGACCCACUCAGGAGUCAGCUGCAUGGGGAAAGAUCCUGAGGUGCGGAGGCAAUUCCCAGAGGGCUACAGUGACCAGGAAGUUCUACAGACUCUGACCAAGUUUUGUUUCCCCUUCUAUGUGGACAGCCAUGCCAUUAACCAAGUUGGGCAGAACUUCACCUUUGUGCUCACAGACAUUGACAGCAAGCAGAGGUUUGGCUUCUGUCGCUUAUCUUCGGGGGCCAAGAGCUGCUUCUGUAUCUUGAGUUACCUCCCGUGGUUUGAAGUCUUUUAUAAACUGCUCAAUGUCUUGGCAGAUUAUUCAGCAAAAGGACAGGAUAGUCAGAGGAGUGAGCUCCUGGAAACAUUUCAUAAACUCACCAUCCCUGAGCCAGGAACCUCUGUUCAUCUUGGAGUGCACUCUUACUUUACUGUGCCUGACACCAGAGAGCUUCCCAGUAUACCUGAAAAUAGAAAUCUGACAGAGUAUUUUGUAGCAGUUGAUGUCAACAACAUGCUGCAUCUCUACGCCAGCAUGCUGUACGAGCGCCGCAUCCUCAUUUGCUGUAGUAAGCUGAGCACUUUAACUGCCUGCAUCCACGGGUCUGCAGCCAUGCUCUACCCCAUGUUCUGGCAGCACGUUUACAUUCCUGUCCUGCCCCCACAUCUCCUGGACUACUGCUGUGCCCCCAUGCCCUACCUCAUUGGAAUACACUUAAGUUUGAUGGAGAAAGUAAGAAGCAUGGCCCUGGAAGAUGUGGUGAUCCUUAACGUAGACACCAACACACUGGAAACCCCUUUUGAUGACCUUCAGAGCCUCCCCAAUGAUGUGGUUUCUGCACUGAAGAACAGAUUGAAGAAAGUCUCUACAACCACUGGAGAUGGUGUUGCAAGAGCGUUUCUAAAAGCACAAGCAGCUUUCUUUGGGAGCUACAGAAACGCCCUGAAAAUUGAACCUGGUGAGCCCAUCACGUUCUGCGAAGAAGCGUUCGUGUCGCACCGUUCGUCUGUGAUGAGGCAGUUCCUGCAGAAUGCCAUCCAGCUGCAGCUCUUCAAGCAGUUCAUUGAUGGACGUCUGGAUCUGCUGAACUCUGGGGAGGGCUUCAGUGACGUGUUUGAAGAGGAGAUAAAUAUGGGAGAAUAUGCAGGUAGCGACAAGCUGUACCACCAGUGGCUGUCCACAGUGAGGAAAGGAAGUGGAGCCAUUUUAAACACGGUAAAGACCAAGGCUAACCCCGCCAUGAAGACUGUCUAUAAGUUUGCAAAAGAUCAUGCAAAAAUGGGAAUAAAAGAAGUGAAAAACCGCUUGAAGCAAAAGGACGUUGCUGAGAACGGCUGCUCGGCAGCGCCCGAGGAGCCCCUGCCAAGGACGGCGCCGUCGCCCCUGGCUGAGAAGAAGGACCCGAAAUUAAGAGAGGACAGAAGACCAAUCACAGUACAUUUUGGUCAGCAGCACAGACUCCGCCCGCCGCGCCCACCGCCCCCAAAGAUCCAGCGCUCCUCCAGGCCCGUUCGUCCCCCAAGACCUCAUGUGGUCAAGAGGCCCAAGAGCAACAUUGGUGUGGAGGGCCGGAGGACCUCGGUUCCCAGCCCAGAACACCUCGUAAAGCCCAUGCGACACUAUACAGUCUUCCUCUCUGAGGACUCCUCUGAUGAUGAAUUUCAGCAGGAAGAGGAUCCUGUCUCUGGCUUCUCUGAAAACUUUUUCUUCUCUGCUCCUUUUGAAUGGCCUCAGCCGUACCGGGCGCUGAAGGAGUCGGACAGCGCCGACGGAGAGGACGUGGGCAGCCCCGAGAAGGCCAGAGAGCCCCUGCCCCCGAGCCCUCUGCUCUCCAGCAAGGCCUCCGAAGUCAACCUCCUGGAAGACCUCUUCCCCAGCUUGGAGGUGGAAGCCCAGCCCCAGCCCCUGAGCCAGGCCAAGAGCCUGGAGGACCUGCGCACGCCCAAGGAGGAGGCAGAGCAGCGCUGCUCCUUUGAGUACCAGAGAAUGGAUCUUGGUGUGUCUGAGAGGAGCAGGAUUGUGCCUAGCAUGAAGCUGUCCCACCCUUACAACAAGCUGUGGAGCAUGGGCCAUGAUGAUAUGGCUAUUCCCACCAAAUAUUCCCAAAGCUCUCCCGAAAGACCCUUGGCUGCCCUGGGUAACAUGCCCCCCAUCAGCAGGAGACCCCAGAGCAGAGACAGUGGUCUGGCUCCUGCAGAAAAGGAUGAAUCCAAUCCUGCCAUUCAAGGGAACAUCACCAUUCCCAGGCCACAGGGACGAAAGACUCCAGAACUGGGGAUUGUGCCACCACCACCAGCACCCAGGGCUUCCAAGCACCAGGCUGCAGCUGGGUCAGCGGAAAUCCUCACCCCUCAUGGGCGCAGCCACUUGGUUUCAGAUCUUAUCCCAGAGCCCUUUGGGGCUGGGCACGUGUCCUUGGAGCCCGAGGUGCAGCAGUCUGUGGGUGCCUCCUGCCAGCCGCAGCCGCCGCGCGGUGCUGCCAGCAGUGCUGAGCUGCUGCAGCCGCUGCGGGUGAGGACGGAAGGUGCAGGAAAUGAGAGCGAGCUCCUGCUGAGCCUGCUGGACCCGCUCAGAACCACGGCCUGGCCACCCAGGGCCCCGCAGGGCCCGGCCCCCGCGCCCGCCCUCCGUGCCCUGCCAAGUGACUUGGUGCCUCCUGCAGCUGCAGCCUUUGCCCAGCCCCUCGGCUACCCUGCCCCGCUUCCUGCGCCUUUUCUGCAGCCCUCACCCAACCCGUUCACCCAGACACUGCCAGGAGCCCUUCCAGUGUCCCUGGUGAGACCCCCGAGGGGCUCCUUCACCCCCUCCUUAGGUCACGCAUACAGCUCCAGCUUCAUAACCCCCACUGCCGGCUUCUACCCAGCACAGAGACCUCAGCCCCACAUGGCCACACUCUCCAUGCCAAACCUGUUCAGCCAGGCUCCAGCUGUGCCAGCAGCUGGCUCCUUGCUCCUACAGAGCCACAGCCCUUCUCCCACCAGCUCCCUCCAGCCAACGUGUCUGGGUGGUCCCUCCAAACCCCAAACGUUACAGGUGGGCCAGCCCAGCACAAAGGUAGAUCCCAAACAAACCCUGGCUCUUCUGGCCAGUGAACCCCCUCUGGUCCCUGCCAGGCCAGCCAAGGGCUUGGAGUCGGUGUUAUUGUCCUCAAAAUCUGAGGAGACAAAAGAUCCCUUUGAAGAUCUGUUAAAAAAGACCAAGCAGGACGUGUCACCCACACCAGGUAAGGUGGAGCAGCUCAGAAAGCGAUGGGAAACCUUUGAGUGACAUGCCCCAUGGCCUUGGUGUCCUUUUGGAAGUGACAUAGGGAUUUUUUGGUUUUUUUGAGCCAGCAUAAAACCAAGCAUUUCUUUUAAGGAAGGCUGAGCCAGGAGUGCUGCAGGACCAUCGCUGAGCUGCAACUCAACACGAGAGCUUUUUGCCCACAGGUCAGAGUCCCCAGUCCCUGACACUGCUCUCACUCCCUGCCACCAAACCCUGGGAUUCCUGCACUGACCAAAGCGUGAGGGGAGGUGGGUUGGGAUUUCCACACACAGCUUUUCAGGCAGCACUACUGAUGCACAAGUUCCUCCCUCCCUGCAUUUCCGGUCCUUGGCACACCUGGAGCGUGACACAACCCUGGGUUCAUUCCUGCUGGGUUCAUUCCUGCCCCUGGGAAUGGGGUCAGUUUUUCUGGCAUUACACAGAGCUGCAACGUUUUGUUCCCACGUGCAAAGUGCAGCACAGCAGCCCACAAGUCACUGAACUGAUCUGUUGGUUUCUUUUGUGCUCGUUGAACCCCAGCCAUGUGCUGUCACAUGGACUGCAGUGGCACUUCUGGUUCCCCCCACCCCGAACACCAACAGCCAGGGCAGAGUUGUCACAGGCCUGGAAACCACAGCACAGAGCAGCUGCUCAGGGAUUGGUCCUGCAUCUCUGUUGGGAAACUGGAAACACCAGCAAUUGUUUUCAUUUUUUUGACUUUGUUUUGUUAAAUACAUCAGAAAAUAGAGGCCAUAAAGAGUAUCCUAGUUCUUAUAUAUGUGUAUCUUAAUAUUAUCUCUCAAUAUUAUAAAUUGCAGUAUAUGAAUGGAAUGUAACAAUAUCUUACUUGAUUAUUACAAAGAAGAGAAGAGAUGUGGGGUAUCGAGGUUCCCAGCUCCUGAGUGCAGGUGCAGGCUGGUGUCCUGUCCUGGUGUCCUGCUGUCCUGCUGUCCUGGUGUGCUGAGGGCAGGGCCUUGGGAGGGGGUCUGGGGGAUCUGGGCUCCGUGGCCUCGCCUGGCACAGGGCACAGGGCACAGGGGCUGCCAGCUGGGUGUGCUGAGCCCCCGCUGGUCUCAGACAUUUCACACGAGCCCCAGCAUCCCCAGGAAAGCUGCUUCUGAUCAUUCUGUUUCACUUCAGUGGUGCUUUUUUGGUUUGUUUUGUAUCUGGGCCCACUCUGGUGUAAAACCUGUCACUCUUGCAGAGGGAAUCACAUCACCAUUGAGCCUUUGACAAAGGAAAUCAUCUUGGACACAUGAGGAAGUUCUUGUAAAGCUUUAUCUGAUUUCCAAUGUAUCUAUUUUAUUCAUGUUAUAUUGGAAGUUUUCUUACUCUGGGGAAUGGGAAUGGCUGUCUCUGUGUUCGAGUCUGGGCAGUACAAAAGAAAAAUAAUAUCUGAAAUGCUGCUGGCUUUGGGAAGACCACAGUAUUCCAGGCAUAUUCUGUUUCUGUACAGUGCUGUUCCUCUGACAAGCCAUUCACUUGGAUUUGUAUUUUCUUUUUGUGUUGAAAGACAGAUGGGUUUAGUAUUGAAUAGUAAAAUAUUUAAAGCCUAAGAUACCAGUUCCAUUUUAUUUGAUAGAGUUCAGAAUAAGUAUGUUAUAUGUAAUUCAGUCUGGCAUUUCAGAGCUCCUUGGCUGUGAGCUGGAUAAUAAAACUUCCUGGGCUGUGGUGGAUGUGCAUGGGCACUGCACAAUCCUGCUGUGCCAAGCAGGGCUCCUGUCUGAACUCAGCAAUGUCACACAGUGACCCCCCACUGAGGAGCCCACCACAGCUGCUUUAAACCACUCAGGAAUUCUGUCCCUCUGCAGUUCAUUUCCAUCUCUGGUAACUUUGCUCAUAUUUUGGACCAUUUGCUAAGUCAGCUGGGGGCAAUGAAGAGUUUUAACACCCAUUUUUUCACCCUUCACUUUAUUUAGCACCUCUGAGAUCCAGGAGGACAAGGGGUUUGUGACUUCCCUCACUUCUGGAGCAGGGUUUGCAAGCAGGAGACUUUUUUAGGGGUUUCUUGUAACAUAGGAAUUGAACUAUCCUUAGAACAGGGAUUAGAAUUUAGGGAUUUUUUUGUCUUAUUUGAACUCAGGAAUGCCUAACUUGAUUCUUUGGACACAGGGGGAAAUAGUGCCAGGUGUAAACAGCUGAACCAGCUCUGCUUCAGCCCUAGAAGGAAUUUGGAUGUUUUUAUUAAUCCAGUAUAAAAAGUGUUCCUGGUCUUACUCAUCAGUGACCUUAUACUUGACUUUGUCCAUGUUCCUGUGUUUGGUAGCACUUUGCUUAUUUACAGCUGCUUCCUGACACAAGAAACAAGUUUAUUUUAAAAACAAACAAACAAGACAAACCUCUUGGAAGUUUGUGGUGUAUCUGCUGCUGCACAGGAGCUGAAAGUUCUGCAUCCUGUUCCCUCUGGGUGGAGGCUUCCAGGCCACUGCUGUGGAUGGGGCAGGCACUGCACACAGAGCCCCUUUCCCUCACUCCAGUCUCUGCUGCCCACAGUCAGGGAUUGGUGGUGAAAUGCAGCUCAGUGAGGAACAGAGAGCAGAGCUCCUCCCUUGUGUUCACAGCUCUGUCCUGCUGCUGGGCCAAGCUGCAGCCUGGCCUGGCUCAGGGCUCUGGCUGUGACAAAUCAUCCCAAAAUGAAUCCUUUAACUGUGGACAGCCAGCAAAGUCUGCAGCUGUGCAGGGGGUGUUUGCAGACCACGAUCAGCCAUCCAGACAGCAAGGUGUUCUUCAGGGAAAAACAGUCACAAGGCAACAACCAGGUCUCUUUUUAACCAAAUUUUACUGUAAAUUUCUUUUGAAGGGACAUUCUAAUUAUUUACAAAUUAUAAAAUUUACAAUUAAAAAAGAAAUCAGAAUCAUAAUCAUUAACUACAGCAGUCCAGUUUUGUGAAAAAAUAUAUUCAAAAAUUAAAUAUCAAAAGAAAGUUAAAUUCAUUAUUGAAAAAAACCCCACCUUCCAUAAAUUAUUUUGCAGAAAUGCUCAAGACACUGACAGAGUAUUUGAACACCUUUGCUAAUACUGGCUUUGGGUGCUUGGAGUGCAGCCCUGAGGAGCUGCUGUGGUUUGUACCCUGAGGGAGCUGCAGAGAGCUCUGGGAGCAGGGGCUGUGUCCAGCACCCUGCAGGGCCAGGCUCUUCUCAGCCCUGCUGGCCUCAUUUCUGUGCAGAGGAAACACCAGGUGUGGAGAGGAGCGAAAAAGCAGAAUCAGGACCUGCCCUGGGCUGCUGGGGUAGAGGGGCAGAGCCCCCCGAGCCCUGAGCCCCCCGGGCUGCAGGGAACCACAGCUGCCUUUGCCUGGCACCACAGGGCCCGAGGCUGAGCCCCUGCCCCUGCCCGGGCCAGGGAGGAGUUUGUGCCAAGCAGCCCCAGUGCCCUGGCACAGCUCUGCUGCCCCGGAGCCUGCUGUGCACAGAGCCACAGGAAAUCUCCUCACCUGCUCCCAAAGCCCCAAGGGAGCGGGCAGUGCCACUGGCUCUGCUCCCAAAGUGUGCUGGACUCCCAAAAGAGCAGCUGGAAAAUGCCCAGAGCAGCAGGGACAGGAGCAGUGCCAGCAGAGCAGAGCAGCCACAGGCUCCCACCUGCAGCCCGGGCAUCUCUGGCACUGCCAGCUCCAGCUGCCUCCAGGCACAGCUGGCACCACACCUUCCACUCUUCACUGCUACAGGGAAACUGAUCUUACAGACAAAAUGUUGUCUGUCUCCCACUCCUGCUUUUUCUGUUUUCUAAACUUUUCAAUCUCCUGUCAGCAGCUGCCUGCUGCAGCCCUGUUCCUACACAGACACAUCUGUUCUGAAACGAGCACAUGAGCAGUAGUUCCCUGCUUCCCCCUUUGCUUGGAAUUACAGAAACAUUUACAGCUACAGUA